AAGCGCCCUCGGUCAGCCCGUCUUCCAUAAAAAUAUUCAUUCUUUCCCCCUCCUUUCCGAGAUCCAUCAACCAACCGGACCCUGAGAAAUCGAAGCUUUUCUUGCCGGCGAGAGCCCGCAGCCCACCCCUCCAAUCCUCCGAUCUCCUUCGCAAGCGAUUUCAGAUCUCGUGUUCUAAAACCCUGCCCGAUGCUUCUAUCCGCUGCCUCCAAUUGAAUCAGUUCGCCCAUUUCAUGCAAAGAAGCCAUGGUAUCGCAAAAGGCUUCGUCUGCUGCUUCUCUCCCUCUUCUUUUUGACAUCGAGGACUUCAAGGGUAAUUUCUCUUUUGAUGCGUUGUUUGGGAACUUGGUGAACGAGCUGCUUACGGAGUUCAAAGACGAUGAUUCGGAUUCAGUAGAUGGAGUUGGUGGGCAGGAUGUUCUGCCGAAUGGAAAUCUGCGGGGCCUUCAGGGGUCGUCCCCUCCGAUGUUUCCGGCGGUGGAUGAACUCCUCGCUGUGUUCAAGGAUUCCUGCAAGGAGUUGGUUGAUCUCCGACGCCAGAUUGACGCAAGGCUCCAGAAUCUAAAGAAAGAGGUUGCCAUCCAAGAUGCUAAGCACCGCAAAACCCUGACUGAGCUGGAAAAAGGUGUAGAUGGCUUAUUUGAUAGCUUUGCAAGAUUGGAUUCCCGGAUUUCUAGUGUGGGUCAGACUGCUGCGAAGAUUGGGGAUCAUUUGCAGAGUGCAGAUUCCCAGAGAGAAACUGCCAAUCAAACAAUAGAGCUUAUUAAGUACUUGAUGGAAUUCAACAGCAGCCCUGGUGACCUUAUGGAACUUUCACCUCUGUUUUCUGAUGACAGUCGUGUUGCUGAGGCUGCUUCAAUUGCACAGAAAUUGCGGGCUUUUGCUGAGGAGGAUGUUGGAAAGCAGGGCAUGUCAUCAGCUGUGGGUGCGGCAACUCCAAGCAGGGGUCUUGAAGUUGCAGCUGCAAAUCUUCAAGACUAUUGUAAUGAGUUGGAGAAUAGAUUGUUGGCUCGGUUUGAUACAGCAUCGCAGAGGCGAGAAUUAUCUAUAAUGGCGGAAUGUGCUAAAAUUUUGUCUCAGUUUAACAGGGGGACCAGUGCCAUGCAACAUUAUGUAGCAUCACGACCAAUGUUUAUUGAUGUGGAGGUCAUGAAUGCAGAUAUCAAGUUGGUUCUUGGUGAUCAGGGUUUGCAAGCAGGGUCUAGCAAUAUUUCACGUGGUCUUUCUACAUUAUACAAAGAAAUCACAGAGACUGUGCGGAAAGAGGUGGCGACUAUAUUGGCUGUCUUCCCAUCUCCUAAUGAUGUCAUGUCCAUUCUUGUGCAGCGAGUUCUAGAGCAGAGAGUAACAGCAAUUCUCGACAGGCUAUUGGUAAAACCGUCUCUUGUGAACCUACCUCCUGUUGAACAAGGGGGCCUUCUACUAUAUUUAAGAAUUUUUGCGGUGUCAUAUGAGAAGACCCAGGAACUUGCUAAAGAGUUACAAUCUGUGGGCUGUGGUGACUUGGAUGUUGAAGGUCUCACAGAGUCCCUGUUUCUUGGCCACAAAGAUGAUUAUCCUGAGCAUGAGCAGGCGUCUCUCAGACAGCUUUAUCAGUCAAAGAUGGAGGAGCUACGUGCUGAAGCCCAGCAACAAUCUGAAUCAACUGGGACUAUCUCUCGUUCAAGAACAGCUUUAAAUCCAUCCACACAACAACAAAUAUCUGUUACUAUAGUAACAGAGUUUGUCCGUUGGAAUGAGGAGGCAAUAUCUAGAUGCACUUUAUUUUCCUCCCAGCCUGCUACCCUUGCAACUAAUGUAAGAUUGGUGUUUACUUGCUUACUUGAUCAAAUAAGCCAAUAUUUAACUGAAGGUCUUGAGCGGGCCAGAGAGAGUUUGAAUGAGGCUGCAGCACUGAGAGAUAGAUUUGUUAUUGGAACAAGUGUCAGCAGAAGAGUGGCUGCAGCGGCUGCUUCUGCUGCAGAAGCUGCUGCUGCUGCUGGUGAAAGUAGUAUUAGAUCUUUCAUGAUUGCUGUGCAGCGGUGUGCUAGUAGCGUGGCAAUCCUUCAACAAUAUUUUUCCAAUACUAUUUCCCGGCUCUUGCUUCCUGUGGAUGGUGCUCAUGCAGCUUCUUGUGAAGAGAUGGGCACAGCUGUGUCCAGCGUUGAGGGUGCUGCUCAUAAGGGACUUCUGCAGUGCAUUGACACUGUAAUGGCUGAGGUUGAGCGCUUGCUGUCUUCAGAACAGAAGACUACGGAUUAUCGUUCUCCAGAUGAUGGAAAUCCUCCUGAUCAUCGACCAACAAAUGCUUGUGUAAGAGUUGUAGCCUACCUCUCUCGUGUGCUUGAGGUUGCAUUCACUGCUCUAGAAGGUCUCAACAAACAAUCAUUUUUGACUGAACUUGGGAAUCGCUUGCACAAGGGGCUGCUUAAUCAUUGGCAGAAGUUCACAUUUAAUCCAAGUGGUGGGCUGCGACUGAAGCGUGACAUUACAGAGUAUGGAGAAUUUGUUCGCAGCUUUAAUGCACCUUCCAUUGAUGAAAAAUUCGAACUCUUGGGCAUCAUGGCAAAUGUCUUUAUUGUGGCACCUGAAAGCCUUGCGUCCCUGUUUGAAGGAACCCCAAGCAUCAGGAAAGAUGCACUAAGAUUCAUUCAACUAAGGGAUGACUACAAAACAGCAAAGAUCGCAUCUAGGCUGAAUAGCAUCCUGUCAGAGUCAUAGUUAACAGAUUGGCGCUAGGCGCUAGAGAGAGUGUGGAAAUGAGCAGUUGUAGCUGAGUUGCUCAUCUUUCUGUUGCUCAUGAACGAACCCCCUCAAGAACUUGCGCAAGUUGAUUAUUCUGGUUGUCACAAUGAAUUUUACAAGCUUGUUCACUGUAGAGUUUGUAUGAACUAGAAACAUGACAUCAUGCUCGUUCUAUAUGGCUUCUGGUUAGUCUUGUAUUUGGCUACCUUGAGUUAAACCAAGUUUGUCUUUAUCUAACUUGAAGGGUAGACUGUCAGAGUAAAAUGGUUUAGGGCAUUCAAAUUCCCACCCUCCUCCACGGCAUGCGUUAGUUUGAAACAAUUGUUAAGUUGGCCUUGUGUAAACAUUCUUUCAUUCAUUUCAAGGUAUUAUAUAUUGUGCUGGGUGUGUUUACCAUAUUA